AUGGACUCGUCGCUUCAGGCCCGCUUGUUCCCCGGUCUCGACAUCAAGAUCCAACGCAGUAAUGGCUUAAUUCACAGUGCCAAUAUAAGGACUGUGGACUUGGAGAAAGCCUGUGUUUCAGUGGAAUGGACAGAAGGAGGUGCCACAAAAGGCAAAGAGAUUGAUUUUGAUGAUGUGGCCGCAAUAAACCCAGAGCUCUUACAGCUUCUUCCCUUACAUCCAAAGGAUAAUCUGCCCCUGCAGGUGAAUGUAACGGUAGGUAGACAAAAACGCAGGUCAGCCAACUCCAAGAUUCCCGCUCCAAAGGAAGGUCUCCGAAGCCGCUCCACUCGCAUGUCCACUCUCUCAGAGGCUCGCAUCCCCACUCAGGAGAAUGAUAUGGAGGUGGAGCUGUCUGCACCUGCAAAUCCCCGCAAGCACUUUUCAGUUCCUGCGGGCCCCCCUAGGAACGCCUGCCCUGCAGUGGCUGAAAUACCAUUUCCAAUCGUCAGCGAGGAAGUGGAAGAGCAAGUUCAUUCCAUCCAAGGCAGCUCUUCUGCAAACCCCGUGAACUCAGUUCGGAGGAAGUCAUGUAUUGUGAAGGAAAUGGAAAAAAUGAAGAACAAACGAGAAGAGAAGAGGGCCCAGAACUCUGAAAUGAGAAUAAAACGAGCUCAGGAGUAUGACAACAGCUUUCCAAACUGGGAAUUUGCCCGGAUGAUUAAAGAAUUUCGGGCUACUUUGGACUGUCAUCCACUUACUAUGACUGAUCCUAUUGAAGAGCAUAGGAUAUGCGUUUGUGUUAGGAAACGCCCGCUGAAUAAACAAGAAUUGGCCAAGAAAGAAAUAGAUGUGAUUUCUGUUCCUAGCAAGUGUCUGCUCUUCGUACACGAACCCAAGUUAAAAGUGGACUUAACAAAGUAUCUGGAGAACCAGGCAUUCUGCUUUGACUUUGCAUUUGAUGAAACAGCUUCAAAUGAAGUCGUCUAUAGGUUCACAGCAAGGCCACUGGUACAUACAAUUUUCCAAGGUGGAAAAGCAACCUGUUUUGCAUAUGGUCAGACAGGAAGUGGCAAGACACAUACUAUGGGCGGAAACCUCUCUGGGAAAGCCCAGAAUGCAUCCAAAGGGAUCUAUGCAAUGGCCUCCCACGAUGUCUUCCUCCUGAAGAAUCAGCCCCGUUACCGGAACCUGGGCCUGGAAGUCUAUGUGACAUUCUUUGAGAUUUAUAAUGGGAAGCUGUUCGACCUGCUCAACAAGAAGGCCAAGCUGCGCGUUCUGGAGGACGGGAAGCAGCAGGUGCAGGUGCUGGGACUGCAGGAGCACCCGGUUAACUGUGCUGAUGAUGUCAUCAAGAUGAUUGACAUAGGAAGUGCCUGCAGGACCUCUGGGCAGACAUUUGCCAACUCCAACUCUUCCCGCUCCCAUGCCUGCUUCCAGAUUCUUCUUCGAGCCAAAGGGAGAGUGCAUGGCAAGUUCUCUUUGGUGGAUCUAGCAGGGAACGAACGAGGUGCAGACACUUCUAGUGCUGACCGGCAGACCCGCAUGGAAGGCGCAGAAAUCAACAAAAGUCUCCUGGCUCUGAAGGAGUGUAUCAGGGCCCUGGGACAGAACAAGGCUCACACCCCAUUCCGCGAGAGCAAGCUGACACAGGUGCUACGGGACUCCUUUAUCGGGGAGAACUCAAGGACCUGCAUGAUUGCCAUGAUCUCACCAGGCAUAAGCUCCUGUGAAUACACUUUAAAUACACUAAGAUACGCAGACAGGGUCAAGGAGCUGAGCCCCUACAGUGGGCCCAGUGGGGAGCAGCCAACUCAGAUGGAAAUAGAAGAGACAGAAGCCAGCUCUAAUGGAUCCCUGAUCGCAGACAAUUUUUCCAAGGAAGAAGAGGAACUGUCUUCCCAGAUGUCCAGCUUUAAUGAAGCCAUGACCCAGAUCAGGGAGCUGGAGGAGAGGGCCGUAGAAGAGCUGAAGGAGAUCAUACAGCAAGGGCCAGGCUGGCUUGAGCUCUCCGAGAUGACUGAACAGCCAGACUAUGACCUGGAGACCUUUGUGAACAAGGCAGAGUCUGCCCUCGCCCAGCAAGCCAAGCACUUCUCAGCCCUGCAAGAUAUCAUCAAGGCCUUGCGCCUGGCCAUGCAGCUGGAAGAGCAGGCCAGCAAACAAAUAAGCAGCAAGAAACGGCCCCAGUGA